AUGACUUCGACACCCAGAAUUGUGAAAGCGGCAGCAGUCCAAGCAGAGCCUGUGUGGUUUGACCUGAAGGCUACUGUUGCAAAAACAUGCAGUAUAAUUAAGGAAGCGGCUUCCAAAGGGGCUCAAAUUAUUGCAUUUCCUGAAGCUUUUGUUCCUGGGUAUCCUGUAUGGAUCUGGGUCCGCGCCAUGGAUUUCGAGAUGAACAUUCGCUACGCUAAUAACUCCCUCGCUAUUGACUCGGACGAGAUGAAGCAACUGCAGUCCUGUGCAGCUGAAAACAAUAUCGUUGUGUGUAUCAACUAUUCUGAGCGUAAAAGUAAUUCUUUAUACAUUGGUCAGUGUACUAUCGACAAUACCGGCGAGCUGGUAAUGUCGAGACGAAAACUCAAACCUGUCCAUAUGGAACGUACAUUAUUCGGAGACGGAGAUGGCCCUUCUCUAAACAAUGUUGGAACAACUGGUGUUGGAAGAGUUGGACAGCUUUCCUGCGCGGACCAUUUUAACCCACUUCUCGUAUACAAUACAUAUUCUCAAGGCGAGGAGAUUCACUGCUCUGCUUGGCCACCUGUUGCGCCUCAUCCAGGCGGACCGGCUCCAUACUCAAUGGCAGAUGAGGCUGUUGCAUCUUUCUCAAGCGUUUAUUCCAUGCAGGCGCAAUGCUUCACUAUUCACUCGACUGCUGUAAUCUCACAGCCAUCUAUUGAUAAGCUAGGUGUUGAUGGAACACCUCUAUUUAAUCAACCAGGCGGUGGCAAUGCCCGAAUUUAUGGCCCCGACGGGCGUCUCCUGACAAUCGACUUACCACCUUCUGAAGAAGGUAUCGUAUGUGCAGACUUGGACAUGAGCCUAAUCAUCAAAGAGAAAGGUUUCCUGGAUAAUUGCGGCCACGCCGGAAAACCGGAACUGUUGUGGGUUCGUGUUCCUCCGCUUCAAUAA